CGCACACUCGGCGUUUCUUCGUCUAAAGUGGAUGUAGACUGAUUUUACCGAGCGCUCCGUUGCCUGAGGUGGGCAUUUGGCGACGGCUAGCUCCAAACAUUAGUUUUCCAGUGCCAAGGAGGACGAUAUAAGGAGUCACAAUCAGGGUGUACAGUCAUUACAUUGUUGAAUUUUCAACAGAUACGCAUUAAGAAAUUCGUCUCAGAUUGACUGGAGUUAGAACCGUUUUCAUUUUGAGUAAAUUCAUGUAGUACGCAUUUCUUCCUGUGAGAAAUUGGCAUUCAAAGCUAGCUGAGCCAUUAAAGAACCGUGUGACCCUUUUCAUCAUUUCGGCGUCUCAAAGACAUUUAAUUAAGUAAGGAAUCUUUGGUUCCCAACCAGUAACAAAUGAUAAACAUAACAAACUACUUCAAUAAAGUUACCCUUUCUUGGACGAGCUGUGCAUUUAAGAUCACCGAUUAACAGCAUAUGACAUUUAUCGCCCGCUAAAUACAGAUCGGAGACGAGUCUGUGGUAAUCUGUCUCAACCUAGAUGGCUGGAAGUAAAUGAACAUUGACUGGCGGGAUACACACAGCAUCUGUGCAGAUUUUUAUUAGCAGUUUGAAGAUGCCAGUACCAAUAGCCAAUUGAUCAUUGAUGAAAAAGACAGUUUAAGCUACCAUCGGCUGAUGCGUAUGUUGCUGUAUCUGCUGCUAAAACAUUUCAAAUGAACCAGGAACUGAAAACAAUUAUCCACGGCCCUUCAGAAAUGUUGUCAUCUGUAUUAAGGAAGAGGGGGAGACACUACUUUCAAAUGACUUCAUGAUAGCUUGUAAAAGAGGAAAGAAAGCUUCUCCGGGUGUCGAUUUCCUUUUCAACAAUACAUUAACCGACUAGUGUCACGCCGCUUGUUCACACCAAGACGAAGCUGACACCACGGGGCCCCAGUCGGCUAGAACUCUUAAGCGUGCUCAUGAAUUUCGGAAUGAUAUUAAAUUCACAUCACGUGUGCUAAAAGAAAACACUUAUGAAAAUACGGCUUUCUGAGCGAUCCAUUUUGACGUUCAUGACCUUAAGAAAUGAAAAGUCUGCGUUUAUCAUGUCUGUGUGGUACGCCAUGGGCAUAUGAUUAUUUGUAAUAAUCUAAGCAAGACUGAACUUGCUGAAAAUCGGAUCCCAUUACCUUUUACAUCUGACUGACAAGGGAAGCUGGAAAACAUCUUCAGACAUCGAAUCAAUCGUAAUCGGUAGCGAAGAAAAUUUAAAGACACUUCUCCCCCAGUUUGUUCACGACUCCCUUAAACUUGACACUUACCCGUCUUGAACUUUGUGCAUUCCAUUACCGGAGCGAAGUAGAACGUGUCUUGAGACCUACCUGUCAAGACCUUAAUCUAACACUUCAAUCGAAAUUAACAGGCAAGCACCGGUAAAAGCGGUCAUUCCAUGCACCAGAGACUGUCAUUUGUGUCACAUCCGAAAUGGACUUCUUUCCGUAAGCACUAAUGUUUCUCCGCCAUAUCUUGUUAUCUAGAGCAAUUUCGCAAAUCGAUCAGCGGAGACUUUCUCGAUAUAAGCACGGGUUAGCUGUACUACCUUGAAUAAAACAUAAUCGCCGAAUGAUGUCGAGCGAUGAGUAGUGAUUGAUUUGGACAACGUCCCGGACAUUUCAUAGACAUCUCCCUCGGACAUCCGAAGGUAAUAGCACGACUAAUAUUAAUAAGGAAUAGAUCGUUACAGCGAAAACAACGCAACUUCAAUACUUUGAGGUAUUUGAGUGAGAAUCACAAAUUACCAUUUACGCAGUUUAAAAAUAUAAUUUUAUGAUAUUCUUUUGUAAGGAGUGUUUUCCUCUCCUGUAAAUAUAUCAAUACAAUUUUCAAAUCUUGAACAUGACUUCCCCUUUUCCAACAAGAAAAGCUGAAAACUAAGACUGGCAUAUUUUUCUUUUUAAUUCACUUGAUUUCACGGUUUGGCAUUUCUUCUUGAUCACGAUGAUGUACUUCGCAUAAAAGGGCACACACAUUUUUCUCUUCGAGCUGCAGUGAGCACGCACACAGGAAAUUAAACGACACGUUUGCUUAGAAAUUGUUAAUCACUUUCAAAUUGCAGAUGCAUCAAUCAAGGAUAGGGUAGAGCAGUUACUCCAGCCUUGGCGAAGACUUUUGACGAGUGCUAUUUGUAGACAUACACAUGCAGUGAAGCUGUAUGCGGACCGUGAUAGAGCUGUGGUGAUAGCAUAUCAGAAUGGAUGCGGUAAAGUUCACUCCUCCCACGGACUACGAAUCCUCAUCGGAAGCUCUUAAUUUGUUUGAUGUGGGUUUCUCCAAUGCAUCUGAAAACGACACGCUUCUUCUCCCCAUCCCCUGUCACCUACCAGAAGCCCCAAUCGCAGUUAAAGGCUUCAUUGGUCUCCUCACCACCAUUAUCGUCAUCCUUGGAGUUUUUGGAAAUGUCCUCGUUUGUCUGGUGGUCAUUCGGCGUCCAAAGAUGCGAACUGUCAUCAAUAUCUUUAUUUGUAAUCUCGCCAUCUCGGACUUGAUAUACGCCGUCUUGGGAUUUCCCAUGAACAUCACUGCGUACUUAAGCUUCGUAUGGGUACUUCCUAGUUUUCUGUGCAAAGUUUCAGUUUAUGUCCCAGCUGUUAUGAGUUUCGUGUCGACACUUACUUUAUCCGCCAUCGCUGUUGACCGCUUCUGUCUCGUGGUCUAUCCACUUCUCAAGCCUAUCAACAAGACAAGAUGUUACAUAGCUCUGGCUAUUAUCUGGUUGAUGAGCACAAGUCUUACUCUACCUAUUCCAAUCUUUACCGACAUUGCAGAUCUGAGUAUCUACUUCGGGCAAAAAUUUGUACUAUGUCAAGAAACGUGGCCAUGGGCCAUUCGCCAUGACCGAAAGCGGUACAGCACUGCUAUGUUUCUUAUCCAGUUCUUUUAUCCUCUGCUUCUGGUAUCAAUUGCUCAUACGUGUAUAUCUAUAAAGCUCAGUAGAAAUGUGCGACCGGGAAUGCGUGGCCGGGACAGUGAGGUUAGGGAAAAUCAUCGUCGGCAACGAAUGAAUCGCAUGUUAUCGGCAGUGGUCAUUGUUUUCGUGAUUUGCUGGUCGCCGCUAAACAUUUUUCUUCUCUUGCAUGAAUUCAAAGUAUCUAUACCAUGCUUAUGGAUGAUGAUCUCUCAAUUAAUCGCAGGAAGCAGCAUAAUCAUGAACCCCAUCCUUUACGCCUGGUUGAAUGACAAUUUCCGGAAGGAAUUCCAUCGUCUGUUGCCUUUCCUCACUUGUUUAGAGGACCUUAUGCCUGCUGUAUCCAACAAGAGUACAACAGGAGCAGUGUCCGGGUCUAACAUCAAUGGGAACCUCAAGCGUAAGGAACGACCCACCGGAGCAACCUACCUCCAGCCCACAGCGGCUGAGAGUACCGCUUCUGGAGCUACUCCUAUUCUCAACACCCGCAAACUUGCUGUAGAGGAUACAACCAUGUAAUGCCGCCAUUGCUUUUGUUUGUUUUGCUAGGAAAGGACUAGCCAUAGGAACAUGAUUGAACGACUUUUGUGGACGACUCUUCACGAGGGAAAAUGUCGAACGUUUCAUUGAUACAGUGUUGAUCUUUGUCACUGAAGUGACGAUGUCUCUUAAACGUAUUUCUUCCUCAAGCGGUGCACGAAUUCACGAUACAGCUGUGUCCUUCGCACCACCUCGCUGUUGCAGCAUAGGACCUGGAAAUGGAUACCAUACCAAACUUAAACAUACUGAUAUGUUCUUGUACGUUGAGCAUGAGGAAAAUAUGUCAAUCUGACUUAAUGGGCAUGAGACACUUCGUGGAAAUUAAAAUUAACAACUGUUAACUUGGAAAUGUCGACAAUCAUCAAUGACAACGGAUAGUUAUACUCUUCUUUGUUUAAAAUGGCAUUGUUAAUCGCGUUCAAUUCCCGUAGAAGAACAUCAACGAAAGAAACAAAAUUAAGAGUAACUGACCUAAAGCAUCUACGUAUUGAUUCAUUACGCGCUUUUCCUGCGAUAAUUUGUUGAACUCAAUUGUAAUUUUUAUCAAACUUAUUUCUUUAGAUUUUAUUUUGUCUUUUAAUUUGCUUUCGUUUCUUCGUUUUUUUUUAAAUUUCCAAAGAGACCCAUAUUGCCUUUAAGGAACACGUCGCAGUGGAAAAGGGAUGUGUUAUGUAUGAUAAGUUUAUCCGAUUCAUCAACUUAAUCAACUGCCAAGGCAUCAACCAUUUUAUUUUUUCAUCUUUCGCUAUUGACUAAAAUGCCCUGUAUUUUGUAUACAAACUAUGAAAUAAUGUAUAUUUCUAUGAACACGUACGUCGCCAACGUGGUAAGUUAAACGACUUCACUAAAUGUCCUGUACAAUUCUUGCCAAAUAGUCUAUUUGUUUCCAGUGGGUAGAAAUUAAUACCCAAAAUGAUUAUAAACCAAUAAUUUGCUAAAUGAAGCUUUAUGCUAUCCUUUCACUAUCGCUUUCUUCAGGCAAUUUUCUAGAAUCGCAGGAACGCCUUUAGAUUUAAUUUUGCGCUUGAGUCUUACAUUCAGCAUUUUAAGGAUAUACGUAGAUAUUAUGUAGGUACGAUGAAGUAAAAAUGUGUUCAAAGGUGAACAAAGCAGAUAGGCCCAGUGACAAGCAACAUCGUUUUAUAACUGUAUCAUUCGCACUGUGUCUUACUUAUGUGUUAUUAUACAGUGCACUUUGUAAUAAUUUGUUUCAAAUCCAUUGCAUGUAUCAUUGCUAUGACCUAUUUGUAUCAUAAUGACAUUUUUUUGAUGAAGCAAUGAUUUCUGAUAUAUUUUACAACCAAUACCACAAUCUGAAAAAUAUUUAAGGGGCACAAGAACUACGUUUUCCUGAAUUGUAAAUUUGGUUGUAAAGAUAAUUGGGCAACUGGUAAAAAAUAAAAUUAAAUUAUGGCUAGUCUUAAUGCAUCCAGUCUACAUUUCACAUUGUCUUCAUGGAAUUGUUGACUUGAACAUCACGGACGCAUGCAAGAAUUCGUAAAUGUUUUUAAAUUCCUACUUUUUAAAACAUGAUGGUAGGCAGACAUGUUUUUAGGGCGGUGAAAUACAGACGAUACGUUGAUUUUUGGAGCGUUUUAUUAUCUUACAACUUUAGAGUAAAGGAUCUUGUGCAAACUAUGGAAAUAGCAGUGAAAUAAUGCAAUUAAAAGUAUCCUAUUUGUUUAUUAGUAUCAUUACUAUUUUUAUGUUUUUAUUUUUGUUAUUAUUAGAAUGACAUAAGACUACCGUUUCUCAUCUUACAAAAUAAAACUUAAGUUUUCGUCGGUCUUUCAAAUACAGUUGAUUAUUUCGCAACUAUUUGAGUUUGGUAACUUUGACUGUACAUGUACAUUCAGAAUUAGCUCAGAACGUCUGCAACGCAUCAUUCUCCUUACUUUUCUUAAGGCAAUUAAUUACAUACGUGUAAAGUGAUUCCAUUCUCGACCUAAAAGAAAGCCUAAUCUAAUAUCAGGGAAUCUGACAUCUUAAUUCCAGAAUGCAGGAGAACAUAUUAAGUUAAUGUACAAGAAAAGUAUGGGAAUAGUGAUAAUCGCUUUUAAACGUUCUCUGGUUCACAGCAAUUCACGGAAAUCUUGAUUCGAUUUUCAGAUACAUGCAUUACACAACAUACAGAAUUGUAGAUGGUUGGCACGCACGCUAACUGCAUCAGACACAAAGAAAGAAAGAAGGGAAUCAAGAAUGAAGCAUUUAUCCUUGCUUCAUGAUGUAUUUUUGUUUUUAUUAUAUGCUUUAAGAAACUUGAAACCAAAAUACAAUUUUAUCACUUUCUUCUUAUUUUGUUUUAGGGUUCAUAAAGAAAUUUUGUUUUAGGGUUCAUAAAGAAAUUUUGUUUUAGGGUUCAUAAAUUCAUAAAGAAAUGUUAAGAGGAAUAUAAUAUGCAUUCAUUAAUGAAAAGUAAUUUAAUCGCUGGAUUUGAACGAUUUGCGAAGGAUAUGAAUGUAGAAGAUAUACAAAGUCCAUCAUUUUAGGCUGCCAAAGGGUUCAAAACAUGCGAAGACUCUUGGGAACAUCACCAAUUGUUCCAUCUUAGUCCGACAAAAUUCCGAAAGAAAUUUUGCUCUUCAUUUCUUCGAAUGGUUUUCCAACAAUAAAAUACAUACAACGCUUCCAAACCUUAGUUUGAGUUCGGUGAUUUUCCGAGGUAUUUUUUUCUUCGAUAUUCGCAUCCUUUGUAAAACGUUCGGAUGCUCGUGGGGACGAGGAAUUACCUGCAUAUUUUAGCUGCAGAAAGAGUGAACCCCCUGCUAGUUGCAUAUUUUUGUUUUAACGACAGCUUUCAGCCACGUAUGAUCAUGGAAAACUAACGGAUUACUUUUCAAUACAUUUAAUGAAAGGUUAUGACAAUAAGGUUUCACUGUAAUCGGUAUAUGUAAAUAAAUGAAUAUAUAAAAUAGAUUUAUAAGUAAUCACUUUUAGAAUACGAGUUUAACACAAUGCUUUUUUUUAUUUCACAGCGUUUACCACAUUUAAUUUAAAAUUGGUUAUUUACACACACUUAGAUAUUUUAUAAUGUUGUUGCUAUAGUCAGAUCAAAGGUCACAUACAAACCAAACGCUUGGUUUACUCAAAAUUAACACAAAUAUAAUUUUCUAUCUAAAGUGCGUGAUAUUUAAAUCAUUCCAAUGAAAAGGAUAUCUAUACACAUACAUGUAUAUCAAGAUAUGUGGUUGCCGAGAAAAUUGUAGAUUUUUUUUUCAAAAUGAGGUGAUUAAUAACAUGUUGAAUUCAGGGGAGAAAUUUGUGCUAAUUGAUUUAUCUCAAUAGCCAAUUACGGUAAAACAAAAUGUACGAAAUCAUUUAAAAACUAAUUAUAACGGAUUGGAAAUAAAAAUAGAAGCUGAGUACAUAGACAACUAAAGAACAAUAAAAAACGAUCGAGGCUCCUCUUGUUUGGAAAUCUAGAUAUUUCAUGGCGAGACGAUGUGGUUUCAUUUCUUGUAACAGGUACCGAAAUCCAUUUGUUUAAUCUGCAGUCAUCUUGUACACGAUGUAAAGACUAUUCUGCGUUUGCCUGAAAUCUAUAUUGCCUUUAGAAAGCUUGCCCUUGGUAAUUGCAAUAUGUCACAAUACACGAUAACCCUACCAAUUACUUUAAUCAUUUUGUCACUCUUUAUGGCUUUUAUUUAUCAAUAUUAACAAGUCAUUAUCACAUACACAUGUACAUUAGUUCAUUUGAAAAAUAAUUUCAAUUUUUCAACUUGAGCAUAUUAAAACAUGGUAUACUUCACUAUGCUAACAAGUUCAUUUCGCUCUUUGAUAUCCUUAAUGGUUAUUGUAUUACACUAAAUUUCAGUAAACUCUGCCAUUCAUUAUGGAAACUAAAACAGUAAUGCCCCAAUAUCAAUCUUCACUUGGCAUGGUUAAUUAAUCGGACAUGCAUUAUUCACCAAAGUGAGCGGAGAGAAUGUUGGCAAGCUAUGAACGUUCUUCUCAAUGCGUAAUUUAGUUGCUAUUAUGUGAUUAUGCAUGAUUGGUAUGCCAUACAGAUAACAUGUAUACUCGUUUAUUUAUUAUGGUAUUUUAACGAUACAUCGAGGAAAAUCACUUAUCCAAACGAUUAAAUCUUCUUGUGAAUACACUUUUUUAUACAAAGGAAAUAUUCUCUAAGAAUCAUUGAUCGAAUGUUAUUACGUGUUAUUAAAUGUUUUAAUUGGUAUUUUGUAAUGUGGUCACUGUAAAUACUGAGAAUAUUAUAUUCGUUUAUGUUCAGUUUGUUGGUAUUCGAACAUAAGUUCGCUGUUGCAUAGACGCUUCUGUUAUCGUCUUAAACUAUUAUAAAUACGAUGCAUGUAUCUAUUGAAAGAAAUAAAGAGCGGGAUAAAUAGUGCUCGAAUUGUCAUUUCAAAUCAUUGUCUGGAAUUACCUGUGUUGAUUAAGAGAAAAUAAAUAUGCUUGUAAAGGGU